GUCUGCUGGUCUAUUAGACUAGAGCCUGUAGAGGUCUGUAGACCAAGGCGUCAAGCCCAGCUUCUGCACGUCUCUCGUGGUGUGCCAGCACCAGGCAGCUGCUUUAGAGUUUGAGCAAUUGCUGCAAGGCGACUGAAAGCUUGUUCAGGGUCCCUCUUAAACAACCUCAUAUCCUCUUUCUAGAUUGACGUAUAAAAGUGGCGCGGUUGCCUACGCCAUAAUGUCAUUGGUUAUGAGCAAGAAUCUUUCGACAUCCCGGUAUUAUGUGGGGGACAAGUGGCCCUGUCAAAAUAGAAGAAGAAUGUAGCUUGGUCUGUAGGCUUCAAUCUAGAGCCACAGCUUUGCUUUCAGCUCUCCAGAUUUUCCAGAUCCUCCCUUGAGCCCAGUGGUCAACUAUAGCUGGUUGCAAAUUGUCUUACAAAAUUUGAGACCAGUGGCAAGCAUUCUGAUGCUAUGAUGUAAAUGAAGGUGGUGGUUGUAGUUGCAUCCUGCACAGCUCUGGCGGCCUUGUAAAUUUGGUGGUAGUGGGCCAAAAAAGUAUCCUCCUGAAUUGGGGGCAGCUUUCAUUCGCAAGGAUUUCUGUCAAAAGGGGGUAUUUGCGAUUUCAAAUACUUGACAAAGCUUGAAGAUGGCUUUCCUGUACACUCCUGAGCAGUACAAUGCCCCCGAUGUCAACGAGAAAUUGAUUGUGUCAGUGGAGGACACUUGGAACUUCUGGCCGCUCAUCAAGGAUGCUUUUGAAAGUCGGGCUCCAUUCAAGAGGGCUACUCUGAACAACAAGACCAAGAAUCCGGUGGCACUCGAGAAGCUGCUAGUGGAAUUUAUCACCUCAACUGACAGCCGCCUGAGAAGUCGGCCCGAAGGACAGAGGACCCCAUUCUGGUUCCGCCAUCCAUAUUGCCACCUCAUUGUAGUCACUUGCGAAGAUUCCGAUGAGUACAAGGCAGCCGUCCGACCCCGCCUGCGGUCUAUGGUCGCUUCAGAGUACCGCGAGUGGCUCAUCCUAUAUGUGGUCAAGAGCACAGUUACAGAUGCAGCGAUCAAAGCGGCAAAGAGAGUCUAUGCCAGACUUGAAGAUGAUUUCAACACGAAGAAACGGGAAAGGUGCUGCAAGCUGGAUCUGUUCACCGCUGACGCCGCAGCAUGGGAGGAGAUUGAGGCGAAAAUUGUGGAGUGCAUCCGGUACACUCUUGAUACUCGGGUGCAGUAUUAUGAAGAGGAGGUGAAGAAGUUGAGCGAGAACCGCUUCCUGCCAGGGUGGAACUUCGUGGGCUUCCACAUGGUCAAAGAAAGCCUGGCGUUUAUGUUCGAGAUGGCGCAGCUACGGGAAGACGCUCUUCGGGAAUACGACGAGCUCGAGCAGUGCUUUCUGGAGGUUGCUCUCAGCAACGAAGGCAAGGGCCGGCCACGAGAAUUUGGGGGGACCGAUACAGGGGACGAUCGGGCUGCCCUCCUGCAACGGGACAGGAAGCCCUUCCGGACCUUCGUACUGGAGGACUCUGUCAAGGAGUUUGACUACCGGCAGUACGUCUUCGCGCGCCAGGCAACCCUGCUGUUCGCUUUGGGGCGACCAGGGGAGGUUGCCGAUCGGGGGCUCACGUUCGUCCAAGCCCUUUCGCGAAGUCUGGGGAAGCAGGAGCGGCAGCUGCCCUUCUGCUUCCGCGAGUCUUGGGUAUUCACGGCGUGCAUGACUCUCGUGAAGGCCACCACGGAGAGGCAUCAGGCACGCACACAUGCGAACGCGGCUGCUACGGAGCAAAACUUGUAUAGAUUGCAGGCCGACUUGUACUCGUACGCUCGGACGAAGCUGAUCCGCCUGGCGGACGUUGUCGGUCGCCGGAGCGGCGUAGAAAUCAGUCCGUGUAACAGCGCAGCGUUGAGCAUGUCCCCUUGGCCACGGCCGGCGGUGUGGCCGUCCCUGCCAGCUGACGGGGAGGCGAGGGCCGCGGUCCGAGAGCAGGAGAACGUUGCAGAGGCAUCAGCCGAUGCAGCGCGACGAGAAGAGAGCAGAGGGGCCACCACCAGCGGGCGGAAGGACUUGGCUCUCGCUCCGAACGCGCUCGCUCCGGAGGCCAACCGGAGGAGAGCUGCAGGACAACCAGACCCUGGAGGCGGGAAUGCCCCCCGUCCUCUCGGCCCCAUCAUGACGCUGGCCCAAGUCCAAGUGGCAGCCGAGGCCCACCUGCUCAAAACCCUGAGCCACGACGGGCUGCGAAAGGCCCUCUCAAGCCGGCAGGCGUUCGAAGAGCUGUACCUCGAGCUGACGCGAGCCGCCGCGGACAACUACCACCGCUCGUCGCGGCGCCGGCAUGGGGUGGUGAUGGACGGGGAGGUGGCCGCCGUUUAUUAUAAACGCGGCAAUCUGGACAGCGCCGUCAAGCUGUACGAGAAGCUGUGCGCGCUCUACGCAGCGGAACGGUGGAACGGACUGCUGGCGUCCGUACUCCCGCGCCUCUCCGAGUGCCAGCGCCAGCUAGGUGACGUGGCAGGGUACCUCGGCAGCUGCAUGCGGCUGCUGGCGCUAGAGGACGGGCUGCUCACACAGGAUGAGCGGUUACAGCUCCAGCGUGAGUUCGCCCGCGUUGCCAGGAGCGGCCUCCAGGACCCGGUCUCGCUGGACAUCAGCUCGCUGCUGACGUUCGCAACCAAAGGGGGCCCGCCGCUCGAUUUCUGUGAAGGUGACCCGGGCUCCAUCGACAUCACGAUCUGGAGCGGCUUUCCGGAAGGGUUUGCCUUGGACUCGCUGAGCUUGACGCUGCAAGCUACGUCCGCGUCAGCAUCUGACGAAGCCAAGGUCGUCAAGAGCACGGAGCCGCCAGUGUUGAACCCAGGGAAGAAUGUGGUGCCGAUUGCCAUCAGCCCGCAGCGGCAAGGAACUUAUGUGCUCCAGGCGUUGACUGGUCUGCUGGGUCGCGUCCGGCUGCGCACCCACACCCACUGCUCCACCAGCGCGGCUGGCUCCAAGGGGGGAUCCCCCGACAGCGACCAGCACCUUUCCAGCGAGAAGCCCCUCCGGCCGGCCCUCCACGUGGCGGCCGCUCGGCCGCUCGUCGAAGUGGGCGCGGUUGUCGCGAGCGGGUUGCUUUUGGGGGAGGUCCAGUGGGCGGGCGUUCUGGUGAAGGCGCUCGACUACUCGCUCCAAGGAGCACUGUUGCGGCUGUCGGUGGGGAACGGACUCGUACUCGAAGAGCCGCAGAUGGCGCACUUGGAGCUGGUAGCGCAGUGCACGGACGGGAGCGCUUUGCCGGAGGCCGAUGCCGAGGGAACGGCGGCAUCAGUUGUCACAGGGGAAAACGGAUCGGUCCCGAACGGAACGCCAGUAAAUACCAGCGACGGAACGGGUGGAGCGGGGUCGAAUCCGAGGGGAAAGCUCGUCGAGAUGCGGAACGGGGCAAUAGCACUCCCGGACUGGGCGUCCGAAACGCCCACCAUCGUCUGGGUGCGCGUUCGCGGAUUCAAGCUUGCGGACGAGCAGUCCACCAACCCCAAUAUUCUCGCCUACACCCCCACGCCCUCUCCAUCCCCCGCCCCGACUAAGGCCCACAACACGCCGCUCGGGACCCCCCCACGAGGCAGCACCCUGCCGCCCACCCCCCCAAACGGUACCCCCGACACGGGGGGCAGAAAGACGGGCUACGCCAACCCCCCGCAGCAGCAGCGGCUGUCUAAGUGGGUGGACGAGCAGAGCGAGAGGGCGGAGGCCGAGGGGGGCAUACGGAUGCUGAGCGUGAAGCUGGAGUUCGGGGCGGGGCGCGGGCGCGAGUUCCAGAAGGCGCUCUCGCUGCACUUUGCGGAGCCGUUUGCGGCGGCGGACCGGGUGGUCAGCAAGAGCAACGACGGGACGAUGCUCCUGCAGGUCGUUCUCCGCUCCCAGCUUGAGGCAACUGUCACCGUGACAAGCGCUCGUCUGGAGCUGCAGUCCAACUUCGUUCCCGCCCAAGCGGACCAAUCUCCCUCAAGCAUCGACACCGCUUGGCUCCUCCCCCUGACCGUUCACGCCGGCUCCGAGGGCGCCCUCCUCUUCACCGUCAAGCCGGCGCCGGCAACCGUUACCGCUCCCGAGCCCGUUACCACCAACGGCGACGGCACCAAACGGCUCAGCAUCAGCGUCCCGUCCAAGGCCAGCAGCAUGUUGGUUCUCGAGUACACGGUGCAAGGUGAUCGGCGAUACGGCGCGCACAGCCCAGUGGAAGGCCAGAAGUCCGCGACCCCGUCUACGUUCCGGCACUCGUUUGUGCUCCAGAUGCCCGUCCUCGAGAAGCGGUUGGCGGUGGGGCUGCUGCCGCUGAGCGGCGUUGUCACCGUUGGGCGGGCGCUGGUGUUGCAAUGGCGGGUCGAGCGGCUCGUCGGGGGGGAGAAAAGGCUGGUAACUGGGGAGGGGGAAGAUGGAGAGACCGAUGGAGAGGCCGAGGAGCUGAGCUACGAGAUCAAGGCGGGGCAGGAACAGUGGAUGAUUGCUGGGCGACGAAAAGGCCGGCUGACGCUCGAGAGGCGGAAAGGGGCCUUCCUUGUAGUCAGCAUGGCGUGCGUGCCUAUCGUGACGGGACACGUGCACCCACCGGCCCUGAAGCUGCCCGGAAUAAGCAGAGGCCACAUCUCGCACAGCCCGGCUGGCCCGCAUCUGGUUUGCGUGUUGCCCCCAGCAACGAGCUCUGCCUUCUGUGCAAUGAAGAGCUCUUGAUAUGUUCUAGACGCUUCUUGGCGGACAGAAACAAACAACUGCACGAAGAAUCGUGACAGAAGCUAAGUUGUUCGUCGCGAAUCUGAGCGCUACAAUCUCAAGUCAUGCUGCAAGACCGGGGAACAACUACGUUUCCUCGCCCUAGUCUCUAAGGCAGGCCUGUCGCGCACCAUGCUACAAGAUACGCAUGCAGAGCCGUCAUAUUGUUGAUCCUUAACGAG